AGCCAAUCAGAUCGCUCGAUGUGCCGCCGCGGACAUUUGAAAACAGAUGGCGGAAGCUCGAGCUGUGCUGCAGUGCUGUGAUCCGGAUCUCCUGGAUCCCUGCAGGGACUCGGAGCAGCUGGACUGUGCUGAAGCAGCCAGGAUGGUCCUCUACCUGACGGACAGCCGUCGUGUUCAGAAGGUUCUCGGUCGUCAGCUGUUUGUUCUGGACUCCAUGAUGUCUCUACUGGAGGGUCUGGAGUCUGCCCAGCAACUGAUGACACAACCCGGCCCCCCCCAACCUGAGGGCGGGGCUCGCGGCAGGUGGAAGGCGCUGAAGGUGGCGAGCAGGUCGGCGGUGGAGGAGACGGAGACUCUGCUCAGAUCUCUGCAGGAGAGAAUCCAACAGAUCCACAACAGACGACACACACUCACACAGCUGGUCCAACAUCUGUACAACAAGAAGCAGCAGUAUGAACAGCUGGAGGAGUCUCUGCAGAAGGCCCAGAAUGCAUUGCAGUCGUGCGAUCAUCAGCUGAGCCAGCUGAGGGCGGAGUCAGAGGCGGUGCUCGCUCAGCUGGUCAGCUGGCAGCCACUCAGAGACGAGCUGCAGGUGUACGUCUCUGCCGUACAGGACGUCAUGCAGAUCAACCUGCUGUCCUUCAACCAAUCAGAGCUGUGUCUGGAGCUCAGGCCACGCCCCUCCUCUGACCUGUCGUCCAAUGAGCCGGAGCCACUGAAACUGUCCGUCACCUGGAGCCACGACGACCGCUUCAGACUGCAGGUCAGUGAGGGCCCAGCGGGUCUGGUGGAGGACGGUGUGUCUGGCCGACGGUCUGAGCUGAGCGCCGCCCUGCUGGAGGUGAUGCAGUGUUACGUGGGUCAGUUCCAGCUGCUGUCUGAGAUCCAGGGUCUGAGAUCCAGUUUUGCCAUCGACUGGCGUCCUGCUCAGCGUGUGCUCGUCUACCUGAAGUCAGCUCUGCUGGUGUGUCACCUGGAGGUGGAGGAGGGAUACCCGAGCAGCGGACGAGCCCGACUGCUGUCAGUACGGAGAGACGGACAACCUCUGGACACAUCUGGACUGAAGCCUUAUAUAUGUGACCCCAGUCUGACUGACUGGUUGGUGUUCCUCUGCAGUUCUCCUCUCAUCUGACGACUCUCAAUAAUAAUAAUGAUAAUAAUAAUGUGAUGUUUGAUAUGAAAUGUUUCUGUUUGUACUGUUGUUUAUUCCUGUUGCUGUUUAUACAAAAUAAACAUUUUACACCAAGCAAAAA